AUGCGGGGGGCAAGCAGGUCCAGACAUGUAGGGGCGGGCAUUGCCUGGCUCCUUUUCGCAGCUGCGCUCCUUGACGGGCUCAAGCCGUCUGCGGCUCGCGAACCUAUCGGUCACCGCCAUCUCAACCUUGGCGUCAAUCCGCAGGACGAAGGGGAACUCGACUACGUGCCGCUCGAUCCCGACAUGGUGGAUAGCUCGACCUCCGACGUCGACGACUCCGGGAGCGUGGCGAAACGCUUUUGCCGCAUGAUCAAUGCAGACCUCAAACAGGACGGCUUGAACAGAGCCCACGUUGUCUGGGAGGCCGCCGAUGCGAGAGGAAUGAGAAUCGGGAUGUCGAGGCAGGAGUCGUUCCGUGAAGGCUUGAUUCCUCUCAUCACCGUUCCACUCUUCGCUGCAGCUGGUCUCAAGAACCGCAUCCUCGGUGGUACGCCGGGAUCUCACGGCGACGCGAACCUAGCGUCGCCCUCCGCGGGCAGGUCGCCCGUACCCUGGGACGGCGACAUCUUCGCGCUUCCAGGAUCCCGCACUGUGGGUCUUUUUGACGCCGUCGAUACGGGCGAGGUGGUUAAGAAGAAAGCGCUGUCCAGCUGGAUGUCAAAGGCCUUCUCGGCGCCCGCGCUGGCUGCGGCGGGCGCGGUCCUCGUGGGGCUAGGCUCCUGGUGGUGGGCUGCCAAGCGCGAGAAAUCGCGCAUCGGGCUGCUGGGAAGCGGCCGCACGCUGAUGUGGGAUUUAACGGACUGCGCUUUGCUCGUCGACGUCGAGCGGGCGCAGUCGCUCAAGUUCCUCUACGGCACCUUCGUCCCAGGGUCUGCGCGACUCGUCGUUGACCCUCAGCACCAGCGCGGCCGUCUGUUCUACAACGAGAGGCCGCCUUUGGUCGGGAACCUCCUCAACCGGCUGCGCCACAAAGUAAUUCCGCGGUUCGAAGACUUCCAGCUGAACACCCAUCGCUGCUACGUCCGCCCUGACUUUGAGCGACAAGCCGCCGCCACCGAGACCCACUUCGCCUCGACCGCCAGCUCUGCGCAGGGACACCUCCCUCCCUCCCACGUCACUGUUGGUGAUGUUUCCUUUCGCGAGCUCCUCGACUCGACUGGGAAGGCCACCACCGGUCUGGCCUUUCACCUGGUGAGAAAUCCGGGAUGGACUCCUGCGCUGGAAGACUCGUCGCUGGUGGUUGAGGCCGACAGCCUGGCCGCCAACGUGAACAUCUCUCUGUUAGCGGAGCAAGCAGCCGCCGCGGCGAGGGGCGACGCGCACGCGCAGCUGCUGCUGUGGAGCGAGGAAGUCUUGGACUCUAAGUGCCGAGUCGUCGCCGUCUUUCGGGGAGAGGUGCGUGUGGAGGUUGCAGCGAAUUUCGCAACUCAGGAACUCUCCAUCGACCCCAAGACCGCUCGCAGCGUGCGCCGCCGCGUGCACAGCAAGUGCCUGCUUCUUGAAAGGCAGCCGCCGACGCUCGGUGUCGCAUUCAGGCAGCUGACACUCUCUGGGGGGGCGACAUCGACGAGCCAGGGCAGAGAUGCAUCCGCAGAAGAAGAGGAUGUAGUCCAGGAGGCACACGAAAGCCUGCGUGAAAGCACAGGAAGCGGCAGAAGGUCGCGACCCCGGUCUUUGGUCGCGCGAGAAGAAAGCGGUGAAGAUACAAGUGAGGGAGGAGAGCCAAGCGACAGGGCUGAUGGCGAGGGAGCUGAUGGCGCGCUUGCUGCUGAGGCGCAGUCAGAUGCCUUCACAGUCUUCGUCGUGGACUUCACGCGUAAACCGGCCGACUGGCCAGCGCUGGUGGAAGUCAGGAAGAAAACGCCGGCGACGGUGGGUGCAGUCUAA